AACGAAUAAAAAUAAAGAAACGACCAUGAAAUCUCUCACAAGUUUUUGGUCAACGAGAGACAAAGCAAAUGAUCAAGUGAAUCAAACAAAUCCAAUCGAUAAUUCAUUCAAUUCGGUCACGUUUUCAAAUUGUAACUCGAGAGAUCAGAAUCCUAUUAUCAUAGCAACUACGCAUCAUCCUUCUCAAAUUUCAAUCAUCCACGAAGUCACAAAUUCUCCAACUAAUUUACCCGCAAAAAACAUGACAUCGCCUGAUGAUAGUUUUCAAAGCAACCCAACAGCCAAUUUUAACAAGGAGAAACGAGAAGGAAAAGUGAAUUUAGCAUUCACUGGAAGUCAUUCAAGUGUAGUAAAUAUUCAACAACAAUCCCAACAGUCGCAUUCACAUCAACAACCUCAUUACCCUCAAAAUUAUGUUUUUCGUCAAAGUUAUUGGAGUUGGCAUUGGCCGUGGCAAAAUUGGAAUCAACGCGAAAAAGUUUUCCUUUUGAUUAUCGUAAUUCUAUCGCUUUGCAUUCUUUCACUGACUUCAGCUCUGUCAAUUGUUAUUCAGAAGAAUAUUCAAUAUCGUGAUAUCCUUUUUAAUCAACUCGGACUUGAACUUUGAGAUGAUUUUGCAGUUCCUUUUCCAGCAAGCACAUUAAAGAAACUUUGUAUGAUUUUUAAGAAUUUUUAUUUUGUUAAUAAAUUAAACGAUAAAUAAUUAUGAAUUCAGAAUGUUUCCUUCAUUUAUCAUAUGAAAGUUCAUCUAAAAUUCUUGAUGAUUGAUCAAACAUUAAUUUAGUUCGCCAAACUUCUUCUUGAGUAUCUAAAUGACUAGAAUAAAGAUAUCAAAUUUAUCUUAGAAAAGAAUUAAGUUUCAUUUAUCAGUUUCUUCUAAUUUCUUUGCAGCCUUCUAUGAAAAACAACUUUUAAAAUAUUUUAUGAAAAUACCUUUCCGAAUAGUGUGGAAUCGAAAUUAAUACUGUUAAAAGAGAUUCUGAACCCUGAAUAACAUUUCAUAUCAAAUCAGCGACAUUUAUCGGCAUUUCCUCAAUUUUUGUGUUGCAAAAUUGUUCAAUAUCGAUUAAUGUUCGCUUAUCUUCUUCUGUGAUAAAAUUUAUUGCGACACCUUUCCGUCCAAAACGACCUCCACGACCGAUUCUGGAAAAGAA